UAGUAAUCUAGUCUGCAUCAGGAAGUGAGAGUUACUGUCGCGACAUUUGACCCGGAAACAUAAGCUGUGUGUUCCACGGAGUAGCUAUAUUUUUAAAAAGACAGAAUCUAUCCAAGCACUGCCUGUUGUGUGAGCCAUUCAAGACAUAUUGAUAGGUACAAUCAUAUAAAAAACACCACCACAAAAACAAAAUGGCUGGGGAGCUGGAUCUCUCACCUCCUGAAGUACCAGAGCUUACUUUCCUGGAAAAUGUUUUACGUUAUGGACUUUUUUUAGGUGCCAUCUUCCAGAUUAUCUGCAUCAUAGCUGUAAUUGUCCCUUCUUCCAGACUGUCAGAGUCCGACGCUGAGCACAGUGAACAGCGUGGUGUGGAUCAGCUACGAAAGCCAAAGGGCACCAUCCCUCAGAUCAAACAAAAACCAAAGAAAGAAAGUAAGAAGAAGAAAUAAGACACAUUUGAGUGAGUUUAUACACAGCUGGGAGCAGAACCUUCAGAAGGAUAUAUUAAGAAAGCACUGCCCACAUGAGGUGUGAUCCAGACAUGCUUCUUACAAACCAGUUCAUUCUUAUUCUCUGACAAGUAUGUGUGUGUGUGUGUGUAAUAUAUAUAUAUAUAUAUAUAUAUAUAUAUAUAUAUAUCUAUAUAUAUAUAUAUCUCAAUGAAUGACAGUUAUGGAAUUGACACUUUUUUAUUAAUUCAUCAAUUUUAAACAUAUUAAUCAAUUAACAUGUCAGAAUGGGCACCAGGAGAGGAGUGUGGGGGUUUUGUGGAUUGGGGUGCCUGGGUGACCAGGGUGAUUGGUUGGUCAUUGUGCCAUUUUAACACAGAACAAAGAAUGACAAAGUCCAGAUAUUGAUAAGAAAAUAUUUUUUACAUCACAGAAGAGGUAUGAUCAAAGGAGGCAGAACAUAAAAGUAUUAAAUAAAUAAGCAAAAUAGGCCCCAGCUCAUCACCACCUCCCAAUAUUAUUAUUAGUCUGAUUAGAGAAACAACUGGACAGUAAUUAUCACGAAUGGGAGAUCACUCAUUUGUCCAUUAUCCAAACCACAGUGAUGUAAUUGCCAAGGACAUUUUACUGAAGCUCACCUUCCAUAUGCUGUUCCUCAUUUCUUCGUACUCUUCCGUCACUGCUCUGCAGUCAGUCCUUUUCACGGCUUAGCCCCCUUGUGACUGCUUGUUCAAAGGGUCAGUGGUAGGGAGUGGCCUUUAAACCCAAUAUUAGCUUACCUGGAGCAUUAACCCGGAAUGGGCUGAAAAGUCCGGAACACCCACUGAAAGUCCUGCAGCUGCCUCCUCUGAGCUCCAUCAGAGUUCCUAAUUUAAAGAGCUAGGUACCCCAGCCCUCUCCUGUGAUUUUUUUUUUUUUUUUGGUCUCCAUUUAAAGUACUAAGGCCAACCUUUUUUACCUUUGGUUGGCUCUUUAACACACUGGUUGGUAUCUCGGCAGUCCACCGUGUCCUCAGAGUAAUUACUUUUGGGGCAUCACUUAAGUAAACUUCACUGCCCCCCAAGCCGUGUCACUUCCAGUUACUAAUGUAAGUUCCUCAUGAAAUAUUUUGGCUGCUUCUAAAUUUAUAAGAUUUUAGAAAAGACAUCCAUUUAAUUUAGAAAAAUCCUAUAAAUGCAAGAAUGUGACCUUUACUGUAAAAACAUUUAACCUUCACAUUGAUCUCCCAGAUCCUGAGAAACAGAUUUAAGUGUAUAAACACUGUGAUAGGUUCAUGAUCUCAGUAUCUUGUACACUGUUUUUAUUUAGUCUGUGUGUUAUAUUCCACACAUUUUUGUCAAAACUCCUUUUAUGUAAUAGUUCUUUUUUUAAAAAAAAAAUCUUACUGAAUGACCAAUUAAAUAAUUCUGUACAGUAAGUGAGCAUUAAAGUAAAUGUUUUCUAAUA